GUUUUAUAGGAGUGUUGUCGAUUUUUUAUUCAAACUAUAGACGCUAAACCCACACAAUUUUUUAUAUUCCAUUCUAGUUGAAGUAAUAUACGAGGUGCAACGAAAACUGUAUUUCUAGAUUUCAUUGGUUUAUGGAUUCCCGAUUGAUUUUUUGAGUCAAUGAUCACAUUAAGUGCUGGGGAUUUCAUUUCAAACUCCUGUGUGUUUAUAAUCAAUCAAUAAAAAAAAAUCAAUUCAUGAAAUAUGUGUUUUUUGUAACUUGGGUAAUUCAUGUAAAUUAACGUGUUAGGUAUCACACGUUAAAAGAUGUCAAUAAAGAACCUUAUAGUUUCUUUACUACUUCUUCUCCCUUCUCUGGGGAUGAUGCCAGACGAUGACAGCAGCUGUUAUCAACAGUGUUUUCAUCAACCCCCAGAAGCCUGUCCGAGCAGUAGAAGCUCAUGUAGAUGUCGACAGUUGCCGAACUGUAAGCGAGCCGCUGUCUGCUGUGAUAUCAAUAAUUUGACAUUGGAAGAUGCCUUACUUUGUGGAAAUGUUACGGCUGAUGGUGUGGAAGCCCUACAUAUCCGAAAUGCUACUUUAGAUGUUCUGAACAUCAGUUUACCAGUUUGGAGAAGAUUGAGACUUAGAUAUAUGACAAUUACAGAUGGAAAAAUAAAAAGAGUGGCUGGGGAAUUUGCCAAACAUUCAGUUGUUUCUUGCCUUAAUCUGUCGUCUAAUGGAAUACACAAAUUUGAACGAAGAUCUCUAGUGAAUUUGUUCAAUCUCAGCUUUUUAGAUUUGUCUCAAAAUAAUUUAUCUGAAGUGCCUAGUUUCAAAAUGGAGGGAGCUGUUAAACUUGAUAUUUCGGCAAAUCCUAGUUUGAUGUGCGCAAGUGUGGAGCAAACUUUGAACAGAUCAGAUAUAUUGUUCAAGAAUGAGAAUUUGACAGCUUGUUUGGAACCGGCAGGAUUCCACUGGUUCAACACCACUGAAAGCAUCAAAGUUUCAGAACUGAAACGCAUACAGCAGUUAGAAAAAGACUGCUUCAAGAACUGUACCUGCGAACGAUAUGGGCUGGAACUUAUAAUUGGGAAACCAAGUACGUUUUCGAUUAAAAUGAAUUGUUCCGGUGUUAAAUUGCUCUCACUGCCCGUUCCCUUGCCUGAAAGAACUAGGUCAUUGGACGUUACAAAUAAUAAUAUAACAUCUCUAAAGGAACUGAGCGAUGUGUCUUACCAGUAUCUCUCAUAUUUAUAUGCAGAUAAUAAUCAGAUAAUGUCCAUUAGCCUAUUGGAGGGAACCAAAUUCAUGAAUAAUUUUGAGACUCUGAGUUUGAGAAAUAACAAAAUCAAAACGAUCGAAACUUAUUUAUUAUCCAACAUAAAAUUUUAUCGAACCGACAGUACGCGCCGGUUGAAUUUGGGUCAAAACAAACUUAUACCGAGAGGAAAAGAGGAAGUAUGGCUGUUGACAAAAACCGAACAUAUACGGGACUACCGUGACAUAGAAUGUGAAAACACAAACAUAAGGGUUAUCAAUCUGGACCAGAAUGAAAUGUGUCAGGUUCAACAAGAUUGGACUUAUCACGUUUAUUACGUGAUAGCUGCAGAAGUGUUCUUACUUGUUGGUCUAAUCACCAAAGUAUCUUAUGAUUACUGGGUGUUCAAAACGGCCGGUUAUUUACCGUGGCCUGCCAGUAAAAUGCCUAAAUUACCCUGUGAUUGGCUGUGUGAGUGA